AUGGAGAAGACGCAACUAGAUAACUUAUUUCCUCUGACUCCAAGCUCAAUAUUCUCGACCAAGAAGGGACGCAGUGGAUACGAACCAUCAGACACAGAGACGGAGUGGCAAGACACUCCACGUUAUGAACGAGGAAAAAAGAACAUGACUUUAGUCUCAUCCUCACCUUCAAUAACAGGUUCAGUUUUUAACCAACCAAGAAGACGACAUCUCAGCAAAUCACCCUAUAAGCUACGCAUAGCACGAGACGAUGGUCAUGAUGAUGAUGAUGCUUCAUUAUCAUACAUGUCUGGUUUGAACUCGAGUAGAAAUAUUAGUCCUUUGCCAAGACCCGACUUUGGAAGAACCAUGUCUCCUUAUAACAGAAAUCAUGAGCAAAGAACACCUUCUAAUGAAAACAGAAGAACGAAUUUGGGGCUUCUGGAAGUGGAUAGAGCGAGUACAAAACCAAAUUACAGAAGAGCAGUAACUGCUCCAAGAUUGAGAGACCAACAACAAACAUUGCAAAGCACAACCAGAAAUUUGAAACAAAGGGAAAAAUCUCCUUUCAAAACAGGUUCAGUUAGAGAAAGAGAAGUCAAUGAAAUGAUAGCACAGGUGAAGCUAUCGAAAAAUGAUCCUACGGAUGAUUAUUCAUCAGCACUGGAAAGUACAGACUCAAUUCAACCAGGUGACCUUUUCUUUUCCCGCGAAUGCAAUGCCUUGCAAGCAAAGAAUUCUUCAUUGCCUAAAAAAGUUGAACAAUAUGCAUAUUUCAGUCCAAGACCAGUGAUCACCACCAUUAACAACCUACCUGAAAGUGGUAAAUUCAAUACGAAUAUGAAUAAGCCAAGAACCUCUUCCAGUACUAUGUUGUUGUCCCAAACAACGAUGGGACCAUCAAUCAGAAAGGGAAGUGGAACUGGAAAUUCUAGCGCUAAAUCUAGCGUAAAAAGUGAUGGUAGUGCAAAGACAACCGAAAGCAUGAGGAAAUUCACAUCCAACAGAAAAAAGAACCAGAAAGAUGCAUGGUUUGCCUGCAUGAUGAGAACAGGAAACUGUAGGACUUCAAGAAAAUCACCUGAGCGUAGACCAAUUGACGAAGCUUCACUGAUACAGAGGGCUAUAAUUGUGGAAAGCAUUCCACAAUUCUGGGCUGAUAAACAUCAACCAGCUUCACUCAAUGGCUUCAUUUGCAACAAACAAGAAGCUCAACUUCUCAAGGAACUAGUAUCACAGGGCUCUUGUCCUCACAUUUUGCUCAAAGGACCCUCCGGUUCUGGGAAAAGAGAUCUAGCAAUGACUUUUCUUAGAGAAAUAUAUGGAGAUUCAUGUUGUAAACUGUCACAUGAUCUAAGACAUUUCCCUAUUCAGGACAAAAGGACUGUAAAAGUAUCGGUUCCAAUCACGUUUAGUCCUCAUCACAUGGAGCUCAAUGUAAAUUCAGAACCAAAUGCUAAAUAUGCUUUGAUGGGAUUAAUCAAAGAAAUUAGCAAUAUAUAUGCAAUUGCCCCUGAAGUAAGCAAUGUGAAUUUCAAGUCAGAUUAUAAAGUAAUAGUUCUUUACGAGGUCGACAAAGCUGUAGAGAAUAUUCAACACUUGAUCAAAUGGAUCAUAGACCGUUAUUCAGAUAUAUGCAAAUUAGUUCUAUGCUGUGAAGAUGAUGAUAAUAUUAUCGCACCUGUGAAAAACCGGUUCAAAGUUAUCAAUGUUGAUGCUCCUCAAACUCAUGAAAUUAUCGAGGCUCUUACUCAGAUAGCAAAUAAAGAGGAAAUUGAUCUAUCCAUGAGUUUUGCCAUGAAGAUUGCUACAAAAUCUAAGCAGAACCUCAGGGAAGCAAUAUUGGCUCUUGAAGCCUGCAAAGCACACAACUAUCCAUUUUCAGAAGAACAACCAAUUCCAGUUGGAUGGGAGAAGAUUGUCAUAGAACUUGCUGUAGAGAUCCUAACUGAUCCAUCGUUUUCACGCUUACUCUCAAUAAGAGGGAAAUUUCAAAUGCUUCUCCUGGAUUUUGUCCACCCAAAAUUGAUUCUCCUGAAACUAGUGGAGGAGCUCCUAAGAAGAGUUGAGACCGGCAUAAAAAGGGAGCUCUACUACUGGCAUGCUUAUUAUGAUAGAAGACUUCCACCAGGAACAACAGCUUUACUAAAAUUAGAAGAAUUUGUGGCCAAGUUCAUGAGCAUGUGCAGAAAAAGCUCGGGCAGUAGACAAUAUGUGUAG